AUGGCACAAAAGCUGAUUGCAACGGUAGUUGUCCUUCUGAAGAGCCGAGCUGAAGGCCAGUCGAAGACAUGUGUACCUAUUACAUCAGACUACAUUGGUCAUACGAGUCGGACAUUCAAGGAUGUGGAUGGAUAUUACACGGCUACUAUCUACAAGUUCCGAACCUCCCAAGAUGCGGUCCAGUUCGAUGUGCAAUCAAAGCUCGAUGCUUCGGUAGACAUCCAGAAGGCGCUGCCGAUGCUGAAAGAACCUUUCAUGAUCACAUACUCAGUCUUACGCACAAAAGACCUUGCUUUACCCGAGACUUCGAUGGCCUAUGAACAAGGUAAGCUCGUCGGGACAUGCGUGUUUAAAAGUACUCUCGUGCUUGAAAAGUUUCCUAAGGACCUGUUUGAUCAUUCAAAAGUGACAAAGAAGAUCAUGACAAAUAUCAAGUUGAAUGGAUUCGAUUAUCUCGCACAUCACACGGAUGCUUUCCCAACCGAAAAAUCGAUCAUUACCGUGACUAGAGUGAUGAUGAACACUCCGCAGAAUUUGUUGACCUAUUCAAAUAAGACCAUUGAAGAGCAAAUGGAAAAAUUCGGAAUCGGUGCUCUAGGGCUGGGGCCUGUAACAAAGGAGGAAUGUAUGAUGAUCAAAUGUGAAGCAAACCCGUCAGAGUCAUAUGGAUCUCAGUAUCUCAAAACUGACGAGGCCACUCUUCAAUACGAAUUUCCUCCUUUUCAACUUGAAGCCCGCCACUUGUGUCCCCCUAGUCCGCCUACAUAUGAUACUCAUGGAGAUAUCUACAUGGUGCUUGAUGAUACCAAGUCGUCUAAUCCAGAAGCUAUCCAUGCCUUUCCCGGAAUGAGUCUCAAGGACCUCGUGAGAAUCAAGUUUGCUAGGUACUUCAAUGUUGAGGGUUUCCAACUCUUCAACGUUGCUAUACAAGUCUGGGAGUUCAUAAGAGGAGAUUAUGUCACGGAUCAGUCAAUUAAAACAAGAUGGUUAGAAAUCUACAACUCCAAGUUUAACAGUGCAUUCGGCAAAUCUAUUGAUCAAAAGCGAUUGGAGCUCAAACACAGCUUUUAUGAUUGCAAGCUUCCUGAUCUUGGACCUACAUUUUAUUCCAACCUGCUUAGCAGAAGCUAUGAAUUGCGGGCAACCAUAAAGUACAACUUGCUUGUUGCCGCCUGGUGCCUGGUGGCUCUUGCCGCCUACUCUGAUCUGGAGAUGCAAGCCCUUGUGUCCCUGAAAGGCAGAAACUCGGUCAUUGAGCUCCGUGACGACAACUUUGAAAAGUUCCUCUACGGAGACAGAGACUACGACCUCGUGUUAUACAUGGCGCUGGACUCGCCCCAGCUCAACUGUAUUUUGUGCCGUGAAAUCCAUCCGCUGUACCGUACGGUGGCCACGUCUUGGACACAUGCUCAUCCACAUGGGUUUACUGAGGAGGAGAAGUUGGACCAGGGCAGAACCAACAUCUACUUCUUGGAGGCUGACUUUAUGUCUGCCAAGAAGCUUUUCCAGCUUAUGCAAUUGGACUCGAUUCCAAAGAUCUAUCACUUUCCUCCUUCCAAGCCUGGUGCUAAGGUCACGUCUUUCCUUACCGAACACUCCCAGUACCAGUUCUACCAGGGUGAACACACGUCAUUGAUUGCCCAGUGGGUGCGUGAGAUUGUUGGUGUUCCUAUUGAAAUCCAUGUUCCUAUGGACUGGGGCAAGGUGGCGUUGAACGCUGUCAUCACGUUCCUUGUUGUGUUGCUCCUCAAGAGGUUCAGUUCGUAUGCGCUGGCCGUCUUCCGCUCUUCGUACGUGUGGGGAACCGUAUCCUCGGGCGCCAUGCUUAUGUUCAUUUCUGGUUACAUGUUUAACCAGAUUCGUGGCGCUCCUUUCGUCAGAGAGACCGACAAUGGUGUGGAGUACUUUGCUCCUUCGCCUCAGAGUCAGUAUGGCUUGGAGAGUCAGCUUAUCUCGUCCUUGUACGGCUUUUUGGGCUUGACGUUCGUGUUGUUGGCAUCCAAGGUUCCCAAGAUCAACAAUGCCAAAGUGCAGCUUCUUGCGGUGGUGACCAUCUCGGCAUUGAUCUACCUCGCCUACAGUGCUUAUUUAUCCUUCUUUGGCUUCAAGUCCAGAGGAUAUCCAUACAGACUUCUUGACUUUGGCAUCUAG